UGUAUAAUAACACGUAUGAACAGUCUUACACUAUCGGCGAAAACAAUCGGUCACAGCAUGGUUGUAUUAAAUUAUAUUCCAUUUACCUUAUUUAUUUUAUUUACAUUGACAACAGCUCAAUUUCAAAUUGGUGACGUGUCUAACGCAUUGGACGGAACCAACAAUGCAGUACAUUUGUCAAAAAAUGACUUAUAUUUUUUUAAUUAUAAGUAUGAAUAUUAUCAAGACGCCAAGGUGGACGUGAAACUAUAUUACGAAUGUCUUUGUCCAGACUGUAUACAGUUUGACAAGAAUAAAUUCAACCCCGUUGUACAGAAACUAAAUCAGUACUUAAACAUACAUUUAUAUCCAUAUGGAAAUGCAAGGACUUCCGAACACGACGGCCAUUACGAGUUCAAGUGCCAGCAUGGACCAGCUGAGUGUUACGGUAACAAGCUCCAUGCGUGCGCCAUCGAUUAUUUACAAAAUAUCACGAAGGCGGUGCAGUUUAACGCCUGUAUGAUGGAUUAUAAAUCAAACGACGACGCUGCUGAUAAGUGUGCAAAAUCGAUGUCUUUGGACUCAAGUCCAAUAAAGACGUGUGCUAAAAAUGAACGGGGAACACAGCUCCUAAAAUAUUACGGUGAUGAAAGUAAAAAAGCAAAUUUCUCAUUUGUUCCGUAUAUUCUAAUCAACGGCAAGCUGAACAGCGGUGAGAACUUCAUGGAAGAUAUUUGCGCAGAGUUCCCUGUGCCACCACCACCAUGCGUGGAUUUGUACAGCUCCCCCGAAUACUUUCACGAAAAUGAAUAAGACAAUUUUAUAAAUUAUUCCAUUCUUAAUAAUAUAAACAUGUAUCGAUAUCUCUA